AUGAAGCCAAUUUACGAAUUCUUUCCGGUACCCUUUUUCGUGCUUUUGCCCAACGACUGUCUGGAACCCGUGGAACCCGAGGGUAUUGGAAUCCGACGAUCUCCCGAUCAGAAGGACUCGUCCCAGAGCGCUGAGCAGUCGCAAGUGGCUGUCGGACUCGGACAAGAACGACGAAUCCCACCGAACUACCGCGUCAUUCAGGUCGCCAAGAUCCCCACGAGGCUGACUAUUCGCAUCAAGACGGUCGGAGCCGGGACUCGAAUUUCUGCCUUAUCGGACCUUCAUUUUGAACCAAAUUCCUUUGGUCCGUGA